AUGGAAUAUUGUGGCCUUGUGGACUUAGGCUACGUUGGACCUAGGUUUACUUGGUGCAACAAUCGAAGACCCAGCAAAAGAAUUUGGAAAAGACUCGACAGAAUUCUUGUGAAUGAUAAAUGGAUGCAAAACUUUCAUAAUAAUUAUUUUAGGCAUUUAGUAAGGACUGGUUCGGAUCAUCUACCUCUCCUUACGAAAUGUCACAGUGAGAAGCAGGAAGUGAUUAAAUAUUUCAGGUUCCUUAAUCUCUGGGUGCAACAACCAGAUUUUUUAGAGGUUUUCCAGAACAAUUGGAGCACACAGGUCACAGGUAAUGCUAUGUGGAGAUUGAAAUGCAAACUACAGGUCCUUAGUAAAAGGCUUGGCCAGUGGUCCAGUGAACGCUUAGGAGACAUCUACGACCAGUUCAAUAAUUGGGAAGCAAAAGUGCAACAACUUGAAGAACUCGACCUUCACAUGAACACUGAAGACAACAGGGAAGAACUAAAUAAAGCUCAUACGGAGUACGUUAAAUGGCUUGGAGUACAGGAAAGCAUUUUAAGGCAAAAGUCACAAAUAAAAUGGUUCCAGGAAGGAGACUACAAUACUAGAUAUUUUCACAGUGUGCUUAGAGACAAAAGAAGAAGAUUGUAUCUCCAUAGAAUCAAAAAUCACAGAAACAGGUGGGUCAAAGGUGACGACAAAAUUGCAAAGGCUCCAUAA